GCCGGUGGGUGCGCGCGCGCGCCGAGGAGAGAGUGGGACGUUCAAGGCGCCGGAUAUGUCCGGAUUUUCCCAAACAAUAGUCGAGAAGACGCGAUGGUCGCCGUUUUUGUGAAACCACAGGGAAGUUUAGGACCCUCAUCGGGCCCAUUGUUGCUCUCACAGAGGCCACGUAGCUCUGCGGGUCACCUCCGCGCUCCCCUGCUGUGACUCCUACCCGCCGUCCUCUCCCACCCCUCAUCCGUGUCUCCUCCUCCUCCUCUCUCCCGCCUCCCUUCUCCUGCUCCCUCCUCGUCGGCCUCCAAGAUAGAUUCCCUCAGGAGCAAGGUUGACCUGCUCAAGCUGCCCCUGGCUCUCUCCACCAAGUCCAUCUCAGAGCGCAAGAGCCAGCUGGGAGGAGUCGGCGAGCAGCGCGGCCCGGGGGGAGGAGGCGGAGCUCGCAAAGCCCGCUCACCGCCGAGCCGAGACAUGGACAACGAGUCGCAGUACUCGGGUUAUUCCUACAAGUCGUCCCAUUCCCGGAGCUCACGCAAGCACAGGGAACGGCGCCACCGCUCUAAGAGCAGAGACAGCAGCAGCCGCGCAGACAAGUCGGUCACCAUCCAGACUCCAGGGGAGCCGCUGCUGGAUGCAGAGUCCACCCGCGGGGAUGAACGGGACGAUAACUGGGGAGAGACCACCACGGUCGUCACCGGCACCUCGGAGCACAGCAUCUCCAACGAGGACCUGACGCGCGUCUCCAAAGAUCUGGAGGAGUCCAUCCCGCUGGAGUGCAAGCGCUUCGUGGGCCCGGCUCUGGGCGGCUGCCUGAGCUUCUUCGCGCUGCUCACGCCCCUGGCCUUCCUCAUCCUCCCGCAGGUGCUGUGGCGCGACGCCCUGGAGCCGUGCGGCACGCCCUGCGAGGGCCUCUACGUCUCCCUGGCCUUCAAGCUGCUGGUCCUCCUCAUCUCCUCGUGGGCGCUGUUCCUGCGGCCGCCUCGCGCCGCGCUCCCGCGCUUCUUCGUCUUCCGCUGCCUGCUGAUGGUGCUGGUCUUCCUGUUCGUGGCGUCGUACUGGUUGUUCUACGGCGUGCGGGUGCUGGAGCCCAGGGAGCGGGACUACAGGGGCAUCGUGGAGUACGCCGCCUCCCUGGUGGACGCCCUGCUCUUCAUCCAGUACCUGGCGCUGGUGCUGCUGGAGGUGCGACACCUGCAGCCGGCCUUCUGCCUCAAGGUGGUCCGGACCACGGACGGAGCCAGCAAGUUCUACAACGUGGGUCACCUCAGCGUCCAGCGGGCAGCGGUCUGGGUCCUGGACCGGUAUUACAGUGACUUUCCCGUCUACAACCCUGCAGUGCUCAAUCUGCCCAAGUCCAUCCUGUCCAAGAAGAUGACGGGCUUCAAGGUUUACUCCCUGGACGAAAACACCGCCAAUAACUCAACAGGCCAGUCUCGAGCCAUGAUCGCGGCCGCUGCCAGGAGGAGAGACAACUCCCACAACGAGUACUACUACGAGGAGGCCGAGAUGGACCGCAGGAUCCGCAAGCGCAAGGCCAGGUUGGUCGUGGCCGUGGAGGAGGCCUUCACUCACAUCAAGCGCCUCCACGAGGACGAGGCCGCCUCCUCCCCAAAGCACCCCAAAGAGGUGAUGGACCCCCGGGAGGCGGCUCAGGCCAUCUUCGCCCCCAUGGCCCGAGCCAUGCAGAAGUACCUGAGAACAACCCGGCAGCAGGCGUUCCACAGCAUGGAGAGCAUCCUCACACACCUGCAGUUCUGCAUCACGCACAACAUGACGCCCAAGGCUUUCCUGGAGCGCUACCUCAGCCCUGGCCCCACCAUGCAGUACCAGCAGCAGAACGGCAGGGGGCGCCAGUGGACUCUGGUGAGCGAGGAGCCGGUGACGUCGGCGCUGCGCCAGGGCCUGGUUUUCUCGCUGCGACGCCUGGACUUCUCGCUGGUGGUCACCGUGACGCCGCUGCCCUUCCUGCGACUCGGGGAGGAGUUCAUCGACCCAAAGAGCCACAAGUUCGUCAUAAGGCUCCAGUCGGAGACUUCGGUGUGAAGGCGUCUCCGUCUCCCUGCUGGAUCCCUGAUGCGGUGGGACACGCGGAGGCCCAUCUUCCUCCCAUCAUGUCCUCUGCGAUACAGAACGCAUUCGAGGGGGUUCACGUGAUUUAGAAUCAUCUCCGGUCAAACUGAGCAGCUCAAUGAUUGUCUGAACCUGGAAAUAAACCGAUGCCUUGACUUUUUCUUCUACUCUGUUGUUCCACUUUGAGAAUCCCUCUUUUUCAAGGGGCAUUUUUUCUUUGUGGUUCCUGUUUUGCUGUGACCACUGGACUGACUCAGCACACCAGAAUGGAGGAUUGCAUCACUUCCUCUGUCUGCUGAGCUUGGCUCUGACUGAAGCGCUGGUGUGCCACUGCCUCCUGCCGUGUGUCACCUGUCCGAGGCGACGGGGGCACUUUUUAUAUUAGAAGUGUGACUUUUUUUUUUAUCAACUCACAGAAUGUAGCAUCAUGUGCAUUGAACUAACACGUCGCUUCUCUGGGGCCUGAGGGUCAAAAUGUCUGCUUUUUGGAUGCACAUUCCUAAUUGGUUGCAACUCUGGACUCUCGUGGUUGUUUGAAUCUGCAGCUUUAGUUUGUUCUACACUGGCAUUUCUACUGUUAAUGUGAAAACACCUGGUGUUAACGUCCAGUCCUGAGUCGAAGGAUGGGGUUAAAGCCUUGACCCGAGCCUCUGGUGCAGUUUGUUUCUUAAUUUUAAUAGAAAAAAGGAAGAAGGUUUUAACCAAUGUUAUUCAUGUAACAGGAAGCUAUGUCUUUACCAGGAACUAUUUUCGACUUCUGAUUAAUGCACGCAAUUAAGAAGAGUUGUGUGGCUUCAAAUAGGUCAUAUGUUUGUUUUUUUACUAUGUUCCCUGAUUCACUGCUGGUUACUAAGGUCAAGAAACUCUGUUUCUGUUGACUUUUUUCUUUCUUCCAGUCAUCAGGGCAAUUCUCUGGGCUCGUAGUUCAAUUAAAAAGUAGCUUCUUCUUAAAUUAAAACAUUUACUUGCUCGUAUUUAUUUGCUGGUUUCACUAACUUGAAAUGCGAGUUUCACAACAUAAAGCUACUACGAGAACGAAUGUCAGUAAAAUGAGUAAACGAGACCUCCAGAUACAGACUGUACGUUAACACUAGGUGUCCACAGGUCCAUUACACGCUCUGUAACACACACACACACACACACACACAAAUCUGUGCUAACCAGGCAGCUGUAGUUAAACUAAGAGCUGACGUGUCACGUUUUUGCCUUUCUAUGAGAAUCCCAAACUGGACGUGUGAUUGUAGCUCCUGUCUGCAGCAGCAGCGUUGUCACCGCCUUGUGCCACAGCUGGAACGAGCCUCCAUCCUUCUGCUCAGCCUUACUCUCCAGAUGUGGAGGAGCUCCGUGGGGCCACAUCCGUCUCCGUGCCAACUCCUCCUCCAGGUCCCGAGACUCACACUUAAGCUGGAAGUCGUCUGACGCCGCGACCUGAGCCGCUCUGUUGUAUCUGAAUACAGCGUUGAGCUGCUUGUGCUUCUCAGAGCAAACCCUUUACGUUUCUCCAGCGAACAGCUCUAAUGUGUGUGGACUUUUAUUGGAAUGAUCAACGCGCAGACUUUCUUAAAUGCAUGCUCGAGUUAUUUCAGGCUCCAAAACAUUUUUUAUAAUAACUUGUUUUCUAUCAUUUUUAAGGUGCCUAAGUUAUGAUGAUGCAAUUUUCUCAAUGAAUGUUUUUACUUUCGAAAACAAGUCUCUUGUAAAAAAAAACAAACAAAAUUUUUCUUUUCAAUAACUGUAGCUUGUAUAGUGUGUUAAACCUUUUCAUUAUUAAACCAUUUAUUCCUUA